CAUGAGCCAUGCUAUCUGACUUGUUUUCGCUCACAGCAACAGGCCCGACCUGACGGCCCCCACGCCGCAAAACACGCCUCUUACAAACGCUCCUAUUACUCGAGAGGCACUCUCCCGACCAACUGUUGGAACCAUCGGCGAAGAUGAUGAGGACGGCGUCAAGGACCUCGCGUCUAACCCAGCUCUGGCUGCCAUGAUGCAGAGCAAGCUUUCUGGUCUGGUCGGUCGUUCAUCCGGCUACAUCGAGUCGCUGCCAGACCACAUCAAGCGUCGCGUGGAAGGCUUGAAAGGUCUGCAGGUCGACCAUGCCAAGGUGGAAGCAGACUUCCAGAAAGAGAUCCUCGAGCUCGAGAAGAAGUACGCCGAAAGGUACCGCCCCCUGUACACUCGCCGAGCGGAGAUCAUUGCCGGCUCUGUCGAGCCCUCGUUUGAAGAAGUAAAGAAGGGCGAGGAAUCAGACCCUCCUGAGGAAGACGAGGAUGAGCCCAAGGAGCCCAAGGCAAGCCUGGCCGAUGCCCAGGCUCCCGCCAACAGUGAGAAGGGUAUCCCCGAAUUCUGGCUCACAGCCCUCAAGAACCACGUUGCCCUAUCGGAGCUCAUCACCGAGCGCGACGAGGAUGCCCUCAAGGCGCUCAGUGAUAUUCGCAUGUCGUACCUUCCUGGCACUCAGGCUGGGUUCAAGCUCGAGUUUCACUUUGGUAGCAACGAGUUCUUCACGAACACGCUUCUGACCAAAACUUACUACUACCAAGAUGAGGUCGGAUACAGCGGUGAUCUCGUUUACGACCACGCAGAGGGAGACAAGAUCGAGUGGAAGGAAGACAAGGAUCUGACUCACAAGAUCGAGACCAAGAAGCAACGAAACAAAAACACAAACCAGACUCGUACUGUCAAACGUUCUGUGCCUGUCGAGUCCUUCUUCAACUUCUUCUCUCCACCCAAGCCUCCCAAGGAUGACGAUGCGGACGAGGAAGCUGACUUUGACGAGCUUGAUGAGCGCCUGGAGCUUGACUACCAAGUCGGAGAAGACCUCAAGGACAGGAUCAUUCCUCACGCCGUUGACUUCUUCACUGGCAAAGCCUUGGCUUACGAGGACGAUCUGUUGGACGACGAAGAAUUUGACGAGGACGAUGAGGACGAUGUGGGUAGCGAUGAGUGAUUGUGGAGACGUCAGAAGGUUCUUCACAUGCAGAAAGACUUGGACUAUGUUGUCGAAACGCUGGGCGCUGGCUGUCGAAACGACUCGGCCGCUCACACGAGCUUCGCCUGUCCUUUCUCCGUGCCCCUAUCCGCCUUCCCUCUCGCUCGCAAUCAAUACCAUCACAUGAAACUUCCCAUGCGCAUUCAAUGCCAAUCGGG